AUGGGACUCCAAUAUGUGCCUAUAAAAUCUGCCCAGGAAUCAGCUGUUAAAAUUAAUUAUAACGGCCAUUCAAGGCCAACACGAAUGCCAGAGAUGCAUUAUCAUAGCGAGACUGAGGCUGUCCCUUUCCAAAGCAGUAAACAAGAUGAAACAGAACACCAACAACUCGUGGAGGCCCCUAUUGCGGUUCCGAACGCCGUGAGUGAGAGGUGUAGGAAAGAACAUUUGGGAAGCGAUAAUAAGCGGAAGGGGAGCAAGACGGAGCAUUGCUUGGAGCGCGUGGAGGCCACGCAGAGUACUGCGGUUCCGUACACACCUGUUGAUAUCUUAACCUGCGCGGACGGCGGUGACGUCAGCGAGCCGAGUCGUACCUCGGACAAUCAAACAGCUGUUUCUUUGUAUGCGGCGGCGGUAGCAUUGUGUACAGAAGAUCGUGUACUUUUAAAACAGAAAAUGCCGAAAAUCAAGUUCUACUACUUCAACCUUAAAGCUCUCGGUGAAUCAUGCCGUUUGCUACUAGCUUAUGCGGGUGAAGAGUUUGAAGAUAUACGUGUUAGUAUGGAAGAAUGGGAAGAAAUGAAGCCAAACGCUGCCGUGGUCCACUACGAGAAGGAUCCGACAGUCAAAGCUAAGAAACAUGAGGAAUUCUCUAAGAAUCUAUACCCCACUGUAUUAAAGAAAUUGAAUGAAAUAAUUGAACAGAACAACGGCCAUCUUGCUCUUGGAAAGCUUACAUGGGCCGAUUUUGUCUUUGCCGGUGUGUACGACUACUUAAAAAAGAUGCUUCAAAUGUCCGACCUUGACGAGAAGUACCCAAGCUUCAAGAAACUCAAGGAGACCGUCGUUACCCUGCCCAAAGUAAAGGAGUUCUGCGCCAACGUGCCCACAUCUACGUACGAUUUCUAA